AUGUUGGAUUUGGAAAACAACCAUUUAACCGGAGAAAUACCAUCUUCCCUUGGCAAUCUCGAGAAGCUUCAGUUCUUGUUCUUGAAUCAAAACAACCUUACGGGGGAAAUUCCUGAAACACUUUCAAGUCUUCGUAAUUUGGUUGUUUUGCAGCUUGCUUCUAAUGGUCUAACCGGUCAAAUACCUCAGCAUUUAUUUCAAGUUCCAAAAUACAAUUUUACGGGGAACCAUUUGAAUUGUGGCAUGAAUUUUACCCGCCCUUGUGAUUCUGCUGGUGGAGGUUCUUCGCGUAAAUCAAAGACGGGAAUUAUAUUUGGGAUUGUUGGCGCACUUCUAGGUCUUCUUCUUCUUGGAGGCUUGUUCUUACUCUGGUGGAAGGCUAAGCAUAAAGGCUACAAGCGUGAAGUUUUCGUAGAUGUUGCAGGGGAAGUUGACAGACGAAUUGCAUUUGGUCAGUUGAAAAGAUUUGCAUGGAGGGAAUUACAACUAGCUACAGAGAACUUCAGUGAGAAAAAUGUCCUUGGACAGGGAGGUUUUGGAAAGGUUUAUAAAGGAGUGCUUGCAGACAACACAAAAGUUGCCGUGAAACGGUUGACUGAUUAUGAGAGUCCUGGUGGGGAUGCAGCAUUCCAGCGUGAAGUUGAGAUGAUAAGCGUGGCUGUUCACAGGAACCUCUUACGACUGAUCGGCUUUUGCACCACACCAACAGAACGCCUUCUGGUGUAUCCCUUUAUGCAGAACUUAAGUGUUGCUUAUUGUCUAAGAGAAUUUAAACCAGGGGAGGCUGUUUUAGACUGGCCUACAAGAAAACGAGUGGCUUUAGGCACAGCACGUGGUCUAGAGUAUCUUCAUGAACAUUGUAAUCCCAAAAUCAUCCAUCGAGAUGUUAAGGCUGCUAAUGUGUUGCUGGAUGAAGAUUUCGAAGCUGUUGUUGGUGACUUUGGCUUGGCAAAAUUGGUUGAUGUGAGAAAGACUAACGUUACGACUCAAGUUCGUGGAACCAUGGGUCACAUAGCUCCAGAGUACUUGUCAACUGGGAAGUCAUCAGAAAGGACAGAUGUUUUUGGAUAUGGAAUUAUGCUUCUAGAGCUUGUAACAGGCCAACGAGCCAUAGACUUUUCACGCCUGGAAGAAGAAGAUGAUGUCUUAUUACUUGAUCAUGUCAAGAAAUUGCAAAGGGAGAAAAGACUAGAUGCUAUUGUAGACCACAAUCUGAAUGACAAUUUCAACAUCGAAGAAGUUGAGAUGAUGAUUCAGGUUGCAUUGCUCUGCACCCAAGCAUCACCAGAGGACCGACCAGCGAUGUCAGACGUGGUCCGGAUGCUAGAAGGAGAGGGUCUUUCUGAGAGGUGGGAAGAAUGGCAGCAUGUUGAAGUUACCCGUAGGCAAGAGUAUGAGAGAUUACAGAGAAGAUUUGACUGGGGAGAAGAUUCUAUUUAUAACCAGGUGGCUAUUGAGUUGUCUGGUGGAAGAUGA